AGAGUACGUACUCAUCUAACGCAAUUUUUUAAUCGAGUUAGUUCUCUGUUAAUCGUUAAAAUAAAAUGAAGUGUCCGUACGUUUCAAUUAUUUUCUUUGCAUUUGCUCUGCAAGUAGCAAAUGCAGCGCCAACCUAUAGUAUCGGUGCAAUAUUGGAUGAACUAUUGGAAAUUAAUAUUCGAAUGAGUGACGUCAUUCUGCGAGCUAAGUAUGAAUAUGGACAAGUUCAAGCCAACGAAUUAAAAGACACACUUGGUAAAAUUGUCAUUCACAAAAGUCCGUUAACCAAUUCAUAUGAAUGGGUAAACGAUGCAAAACAACGCAUUGAUUCUAUUAAAGCGUUUGCAACAUCUGAUGGAAGGGACGUAACUGAUAGUACUCCGAAAAACGUAAGAUCUUUGUUUGGGCGGACAUUCGAUGCAAUAGGAAACCAAUGGAAUAAUUGGUUUAAUAAAAGAAAAAUCAUGGAUAUUAACGAAAAUGGCUUCAAUGGAAAUGGGUUGAUUGAAGAUGAUGAUAAUAAUAAUGUUCUGAUUGAGCCUUGUGACGUUCUGAUAGACGAUCAAAAUGUGAAUGGCGAUAUUUUCCUGAAAGAAUCUAUAGACUCAACAGACACGGUUUUUACAAUCAAUAACAAUUUAUGUGACAUUGAUUCAGACAAUGCUGAAAUCUACUUUGAGAACCAAGAUUUCGUUAAUCAGGACACAAAUAAUAUUGAUGUAGGCACUGCAGAUUCAGACAAGGUUAAUUCAGUAAGCACCGAUUUAGUUAAUAUCGAGCCAGACAAUACUAUAUCAGGUAAUGCCUUCCCCGUCAAUCUCGACUCAAACAAUUCACGUAACACCGCCUCAGAGAAUACCACUUCCAGCAGUGUCGACACGUACAAUACCGUUACAGGUAAUCCCUACUCAGAAAAUACCAAUUUAGGCAAUGUGGACGAAACAACCAAUUCCUCCAACCUCGAGUCAAACGAUACCGCUGCAGGCAAUUUGGACUCAGAAAACACGGACUCGGGAAAUUCCGGCUCAGAUAAUCAAACAGAAGAACAGACUACCGACAAUGAACUGACUACUGGCAACGAAAAGGCUACUGGCAACGAACAAGAUACCUGCGAACAGACUACCGGCAAUGCACAAGCUACCGACAAUGAACAGUCAGGCGACCAAGAAGCGAAGGCCGACAAUGAACAUGAACAGAAUUGGGGGGAGGAAACCUCCAAUGAUGAAAGCAAUGAUGUAGGAUGGUUUGAAAGUGCUAUAGACAGCAUUGUAAAUUUUUUUAGUUAAAUUUCAAUUUCAUUUCUGUUUGAAACAUUUGGUGAAGAUUUUCUAACACGUUUUUCUAAGGAAAUAUGGUGCGUAAAUGGGAGUGAAUCACAUUGAAAUACAAACAAAGUAACUC